AUGACUGGAAGAGGAGGAAAGGGCAGUGGGAAAGCUCGCUCCAAAGCGAAGUCUCGGUCGUCUCGGGCUGGCCUGCAGUUCCCGGUGGGCCGUGUUCACAGGCUCAUGAGAAAGGGUAACUAUGCUGAACGCGUGGGUGCCGGAGCGCCGUUCUAUCUGGCUGCGGUGCUGGAGUAUCUGACGGCUGAAAUCCUGGAGCUGGCCGGCAACGCGGCCCGGGACAACAAGAAGACCCGCAUCAUCCCCAGGCACCUGCAGCUGGCCGUGCGCAACGACGAGGAGCUCAACAAGCUGCUGGGAGGGGUGACCAUCGCUCAGGGCGGGGUGCUGCCUAAUAUCCAGGCCGUGCUGCUGCCCAAGAAAUCCGCCGCUGGGGGCGCCGCUAAAAAGUGAAGAGAGUGUUCUUGAAUCUGACAAACCAAAGGCUCUUUUAAGAGCCACUCACAACAUCUGUGAAAGGAGUUAAACACUCCCAUCUGUCGGAUUGAAUUACCUUCAUUUAAUUGAUAUCGAUGUCAGUCCCUGCCUUUUUCGAUACUGUACUGUCACUGUGUGUGUGAUCUAAUGUGAAGCCUUUCCUCAUGGGUGUUCACCGUUUGAGCCGUAGCACAAGGACCGUGAAAAGUUCAUCAGAAAAGGCUUUUGCCUGAAACAUCGAUUUUCCUGCUUCUCGGAUGCUGCCUGAACUGCUGGACUUUGCAAGCACCACUCUAAUCUCCAGCAUUUGCAAUACCUAUCUCCGCCGAAUAGAAGUGUCCUAUCUUUGAAUUCCAUGGAUAGAUUCAUUUUACAGUCACAUUUCCAAACACCAAGGGUGUUGUUUGAUUGCACAGUGCUCUGAAUGACACUUUCUGCUGUCGUUUCGAAGCUUUCAAAAUGAACUGAGAUCAAACCAGGACAGUUGCCUCACUGCACGGGUCAGUCAAAUAGCACAGAAACAGAUCCUUCUGUCCAACCAGUCCAUACCCAAUAU